UACAGAGAAUAAAUAAAAAUAUUUGUGUGAGAAUUGUGUCGUGUAAGCUAGAUAAAACAUUCCUUGUUACAAACCUCUUUCAAUCAUGGCGGUCAACAACCCCAUCUGGAAGUAUUUCAUUCGGACGGACAAACAAAAUUUAGCAACAUGUUUGUACUGCGGCAAAAACAUAGCGUUCACGAAAGGAUCCUCGUCCAAUCUAAGGCGCCAUUUGGGGAAUAAACAUCCAACAUAUAUGCAAGUUGUAAAUGAUACGCAAAACAUUGCCGACGGGCAAGGUAAAGCCAACAAAAGCAUUGAACUCCCAUCAACGUCGCAAACGCAAAUUAUAUCAGAAGUGAGACCCUCUGUAGACGCGUUCUCCAGAUCUUCGGUAGGCCCAUCCAUAUUGAUGAAUCGCUCCCAAGUUAUAUCCGAAGUACAGGAAACAUCGAAUGCACCUAUCGAUGGACCAUCAAAAACCAGCCCCAUUUGGAGUCAUUUUUCGCGUAGCGGAAAUGGGGUGACUGCGAAAUGCCAUCACUGCCAAAGGGACAUUGUGUACUCGAGGGGUUCAACAUCCAACCUGAAACGACAUUUGGUGAAAAUUCAUCCCUCAAUCUUUGUGGACUGUAAACAAGUAACUUCGAUACGCGAUGAAACGAAUGAGUCUGUCCAAGCAACAGUAAGAAAGAUUCCACUAAGGCCUAGUUCAAUUUGGGAACAUUACACUCGAACGGAGAAAAAGAAUGUGGCCAACUGUAAGCACUGUCGAAGGAAUAUUAAAUAUUCGGGAACAUCGAACCUCAAACGACAUUUACAAAUCAAGCACCUUAAAGCCAUCAUGUACAUGAAGCGAAUGUUUGCUGCGCGUGAUGCAUUAACCGAAGUUGACGACAGACAAGCAUCCUCGUCCACAACGGCUUCUAUUUGGAAGCACUUUACAAGCAUUGAUAAUGGGAUAUCUGCAGAAUGUGUGUACUGUAGUAGCAAAAUUGCUAUGACGAAUGGUUCCUCUUCCAGUUUGGAGAUGCAUUUGGUUCAAGAACAUCCAAAUAUAGAAAUGGUCACGGAACAGUUAUCAUCUCCGCCAUCAUCAACACUCGACGAAACCUCCUAUAAACCAGCACCGACAUCAUUCGAACCAGCAUUGUCGCAUACAACGUUACGGAACGAUACUGAAGAAUAUAACCUCAAAUCGCAUUCGCAUCCGCAGGACAUAAAUGCGUCGCUCGCAAAUCUCUACAGAAAUGAUCGCUACGCCGACGUAAUGCUGUUGACCUGCAAUGGGGAAGAGAACUAUACAAUUCCUGCCCACAAAUUCAUUCUUGGGUCUGCGAGUUUGUACUUUGCAAACAUAUUUGAUAAGAGCAUCGUACCAUCGAAUGCAAUGACUUAUAUAGUACUGCCUCCUGAUAUCACCUAUCGUUCGAUGGAAGUAUUGCUUCAGUACAUGUACACCGGAGAAUCGACCAUCUCGAACGAUAUUCUAAACGAGGUAUUGCGUGGUGGAGAAAUACUCAAGAUUCGUGGAUUCUGUGCAAACGAGAGAGCACAGAUCUCUCGCACCGGUGGGUACACAGGGGGAUCUGGCAUCAAUAAACAAAAUUCCCAAAACAUCCACCCUCGGCAGAACAACCAAAUACAGCAUGCAAUGGAAAAAACCAAAACACCUCCAUGCACUAUCCAAGAACAUCGCAGUACCGCGGAGGAGUUCAAUUUAAUGGAUGUGAAAAUGGAAAAUGUUGAGUGGAACGAUUAUGACGCCGGUGAUUUAGGACCCACUGACAAUGAAGUGCUGCCAAUGGGAGCAAAUAGCAGAGAACUGGUUAUUUCGGAGGCUACCAUUAAAUUAGAAGAUUGUACUGCCGAAGAUUCAAGAUCACCAUUGCCCUCUACGGACCAACCAACAUUCCAAGGUUCACUGGCUUGCGAGUUGUGUAGUGAACGUUUCACUACCCCUAGCGAGUUAGUACGGCACAUCAAAGUUCAUAGCGAAAUGGUUCAAUAUCAUCCAUCAAAACGACCACGACAAGAGGGAACCAGCAACGAUGAAACAGCUCCGUUAAAAUGUGGUUUGUGCUCCACAUUUUAUGCAACUCCAGCCGAAUGGAUACUUCAUUUACAGAAUACCCACACGGAAACAGAACUGGCUGUUUCAAGUAAUCGAACUUUGUCACCAAAAACUCGUCCAUCUCUGUCUCGAGAGGACAGGACAGGACAGGAAGCAUCGUGAAGUGACGAUGAACCUUGUUAAAGUGGAAACACAAGCUAGACACAUACCAGUCUUCUUAGAUUCCGCACAAUUGAUAUUUUUUUUCUUUAUUUUGUGGCCUCGACUGUAUUAGUAGGAUUUUCGUAGAUGAUACUCUUAUCCAGUGUCAUGCGCGUAAUUUUGUGGGUCAAAGCAUUCAAAAUUAAUGUAGGAAGUGCAUUGACAAUGAUUGCAUUCCCACCUGAACUGGAAAGCAAUUCUGAAUUUCUAAGAGGUUACUCUUUAUUCUGACGCGGCUUUCUAUAACCAUGAUACUAAUUGCAUGCUUUUUUCAAUCAAAUAAGUAAAAUAUGAACAGUUUAAUAAUAAGUGUGUGUUAGUAAUCGAC